GAGCGGUGGGCAAGGAUGGUUUGGGGCGAUAAAGCGAGCGGCGGUCAGGGAGGUUGCGAAUGGCUUUUUCUCAAACUUUAAAGAGAUGUUUUAGAGCAGAAACUUCCACCAGGGGAAGGUUAUUUCAGAAUAUUGAUCUUUUAAGGCGGAGAUCCUGGCAGCAUGAGUUUAUUACAUGUAUCUUAAAUGUCUUGUUUUGCUUCUGACAUUUUAAGCAAAGGUCUCACAAGUCUAUAUGCAUAAGUAUAUUUGUGUGUGGACCUUCAAUGAAGUAAGUUAAAAGAUUGGAGAGCAGUUUCUACCUCGCCUAAGUGCGCAGCUUAUAUACAACACAUUUAUUCAGAUUGAUUUUUUUUUUCAGAAAGAAAGGCAACUUGACUCCUAAUCUCCCAAAAUUUAUGCUUGAGAUAUCCUAAAAAGGUUAUAUAUGAACAUGCAAGGGUUAUCAUAUCUGACUGCUAAAGUCUAGAGAACCAGUAGGUAGCUGUGUGAAGUUAAGAUUUUUUUGUGUCACUUUGUCAAAAUGUUGUGAUAUUUGGAUGAUUGCAGGUGGGAGAUGGUAGCUCAAAUCAGCUCCCACUGCUUUUUAAAAUUGCCUUCCUUUGUCUAAUGCAUUGUUUCUUAACCUUAGUGGCUUUAAGAUGUGUGGACUUCAACUCCCAGAAUCCUUCUGUCAACAUGCUGGUUGAGGAAUUCUGGGAGUUGAAGUCCACACAUCUUAAGCACUAAUCUAAUAAGACAGACAUAAUGAGGUGUUGUUUUAUAUACAGUACUCUAAGACAGCAAGAAGAAGCCAAACAGGAAAGCUUUCUGUGAUUCUUUAGAAAAGUUUGCACAACUCAUUAAACCUGAAACAAGCCAAUUUUACCUUCAUGUGUUGUGCAAGCUACUCAUAUGCUGAAGUUUAUUGUUUAGGUAUUUGGAAACCCCAAAAUUGCAUUAGUUUAAAAACAUGGUGAGCUGUAUGUGUAAAUGAUGUGCGAGAAUAGGAAUUAUGUUUUAGGAUUGUGUCUAUAGAUGAAACAGUAUGACUGUUAUGACCAAAUUAUGAUAACGUUGCAUGAGUUGCUGGGGUUUAGUUUUAUUUUCAUCUCACAUUCUUUCCCCACAUAGUCUAUUAGCUAUUGUUGAAUAGAUGGCAUGUAGUUUACUAGCUGUUGUCUCACAGUGGCAAAUUAAAUACAGAUUGACUUGGUUAGUAUUGGAUGGGAGACCACUAGGAAAUUACAGGGCUGUGGGCAAGAUUGGAAAGAAAAAAAUCAAGAAGGCAGCAAUGCCUUAAGUACUUAUACAUUGCUAGCAAGUAAACAGAAGGCUGUGUUGCUAAGAAUUGAAUUUGGUUUGAGGGCAUCUUCAAUUUAUUAAUCAGUGAAGUAUUUAUAAUUGUCUAGAAGUCUUGGUAGUAAUGAGAUGAAGCAGGGUAUUGACAAGUAAUAGUAAAAUGAUUUUGUCAACAGCACAAAACAUUAGUUGGCUCUAAUUUGGCAGAUUUUGCAGUCAUGUUUAUAAACAAUCUUCAGGACAAUCUUCUGUGUAAAGAACCCUCUUUGAUAUGGGAUUUUCUGGAUUUUAAUAGCAAAAAGUCUGCAGUUACUUUUCUUUCUCAAAUUGAAGUAUUAUUGAUUGAUAUGCAUUGUAUUUGCUAUGCCUUUGCCUACGUGUUUUGGAUUUUUUAAAUUUUGGUAUGGGUUCUUCUUUGAUUAUUGAUGGCAUUUACUGAUUGUUCCUUUAAGUUUCCUCCCCUAUUUUAUAGGCAUUUGGAAAUAUAUUCCUACAUGUAAUUAGGAACGUAUGACUUCUACAGACCAGUGGCAUGUUGGAGAUAGAUGUCUUGCACCUUUUCCUGAACUUGAGAAGUUUUGAGAUGCUACAGUAAUGUCUUAUGAAACAAAUAGCAAUGGGAAGUGUUUUGCCACAGUUUCCCUUGGGAAAAAUGAGGAAGAGAAAAUACUUGCAACCAAACUCUCGCAGAUCAAAACAAAUAAAAGUACAAAGAAUAAUUUAAUAUUGGAUGAUGAAGAUUUGGAAAAGCCUUAUUUCCCAGACCGAAGCCUGCCGUCACCAACAGUUGCCUUUGAGCUGUCCAACAAUGGGGAAGAGAUCCCUUAUACCAUUAAUAGAUACCUACGUGAUUAUCAAAGAGAAGGGGCCCAGUUUUUCCAUGGACAUUAUGUUCGUAAAAGUGGGUGCAUUCUUGGAGAUGACAUGGGCCUUGGGAAAACAAUCCAGGUUAUUUCAUUUCUGGCUGCAGUGCUAAAGAAAAAGGGAACACGUGCAGAUAUUGAAAAUAAUAUGCCUGAUUUUUUGCUACGAACGAUGAAAAAAGAAAUGUCAUCUGUUCCAAAGAAAGUAUGCUUUUAAUUUAAAUACAUUUAUAUUUGAGUGUCUUGAAAAUGGAGCAUAAUUAAUCUUUAACUGGAAAAUGAAUGAACUGAGCAAAAUAAAAGAUG